AUGUCCCAGACCCAAGCGCCGAAGGUCCGCACCACCCUCUUCUGCAUCCUGGUGGGCGUCGUGCUGGCCUUGGUGGCCGUGGUGACCGACCACUGGGCCGUGCUGAGCCCCGAGGUGGAGCACCACAAUGCUACCUGCGAGGCGGCCCACUUUGGCCUCUGGCGGAUUUGCACCAAGCGUAUUGUCAUGCCUGACAGCAAGGACAAGACCUGCGGACCCAUCACCCUGCCUGGGGAGAAGAACUGUUCCUACUUCAGGCAUUUUAACCCAGGCGAGACCUCAGAGAUCUUCGAAGUCACUACUCAGAAAGAGUACAGCAUCUCGGCCGCCGCCAUCGCCAUCUUCAGCCUCGGCUUCAUCAUCAUGGGGACCAGCUGCGCGCUUCUGUCCUUCCGGAAGAAGCGGGAUUACCUGCUGAGGCCGGCGUCCAUGUUCUACGCCUUCGCAGGCUUGUGCGUCUUCGUGUCGGUGGAGGUGACGCGGCAGUCGGUGAAGCGCAUGAUCGACAGCGAGCACACCGAGUGGAUCGAGUACUACUACUCCUGGUCCUUCGCCUGCGCCUGCGCCGCCUUCGUCCUCCUCUUCCUCGGCGGCCUGGCCCUCCUGCUCUUCUCCCUGCCUCGAAUGCCCCAGAACCCCUGGGAGUCCUGCAUGGACGCCGAGCCCGAGCACUAACCCUCCCGGAGCCCCCGCGGGGCUUUCCCCUCAGGAAGCCAAGCCUGGCCCAGAACGUUCUGGAGAGGAGGCCGGAGUUUUACCUCUCCCCGGUCCCACCUACCCCACGACAGCCGCUGCUGCUUCCCUCUCUGAGCCCUUCUCUGGGCUGUGACAGG